AUGAGCGAUCAGGAGCAGAGGCUAACUGAAAUCGAGUCACUAGCCGCGAUUUUUCCGGAUCUCCUAGAGGAUUCUUCAGAGAAGCAAUUGAUUUUUCGAUUUCAAAAAAAUAUUAGCAUAGAUAUCCUGCUUCCAGACGAUUAUCCAUCAAUAUCUCCUCCAACGUUCGUCCUAUCGGGUCCAUAUCUAUCCAGGGACCAAAAAGAAAUGAUUCACAACAACCUGAACGAAAUCUACGUUGAAAAUAUGGGAUUUCCAGUGAUUUUCAACUGGAUUUCAGCCAUUCAGGACUUUGUUCAGGAUCUCCCUCAAAACAAGCCAAAAGUCGCUGAAGACGUUGCUGAUGACGUGGCAAGGGUUUCAGUGGAAGAGGAGGUGGAUGACAUGAAUAUCCAGCAUGGAGAGGUCUUCACAGACCGGAAAAGUGCAUUUCAGGCACAUAUGGCAGUUGUGAGAAGCAAGGAAGAGGUCGUCGUCACCCGCUGGUACGGAGGGAUCCACUUGGGACCAGAUCGCUUCCGGCACAUCAAUAAUUUAACACGACAAAUUUUAUCGGAUAAUAAUUAUGGAGCAAAAAAGUAA